CUUUAAUCUUUAUAGUUUAUGAUAUAGUAUAGUAUAUUAUAUUAUUAUACAUUUAUAUAUGAUAAUAUGUGUAUCGCAAUCAUCUCGUAGUAUUUCGUUGAGAACUUGUAACUUGUAAGUUCUAUGUUAAAUACGAAAUCAUAGCAAGCAUCUAUGGUAACAGUUUUUUCCUUACUGACAUCAAAAACUUGGCUGUCAUCAGUGUCAUCACUGUGAUUCAAGAUUCUUUUCGUCGAUGAAAAAAAUUAAAAUCGUUGGAACCCACAAUAGAUCCAGUCGAAUUUCCAUUUGUUAUGGCCAUCCACCGUUGAACACACGUUCGUGUGCUACUAAGUUACCAAACGACCGACUCUACUAGCAGGUAUUUCGAUCGACCAAUGAGUCUCUCGGUAUCACCUUCGGACGGAUUGAAAGAAUAUAAAAUAGAGUUGAUGUACGGCGCUUAAAGUGCAAAUUUAUACCUUAAUACAUAUAUCUACGAAAAAUUAUAAGAUGUGUUCAAAUAAAAAUACACCUAGAAUCAUGGUUUUUAGACCAACAUGGAGUGAAUUUCAAAAUUUUAGUAGCUAUAUUGAGUUCAUGGAAUCACAAGGAGCACAUAAGGCUGGUGUUGCAAAAGUUAUCCCACCACCUGAAUGGAUACCAAGAAAAAGGAGUUAUGAUGAAGAUGAUAUUAUGAAUUUGAAAAUUCCAGCUCCCAUCUGUCAAGUUGUACAAGGUAAACAAGGUCUUUAUCAACAACUUAAUAUACAAAAAAAACCUAUGACUGUAGCAGAUUACAAAAUAAUGGCAGAGUCUGAUGAAUAUAAGACGCCUAAUCAUUUUGAUUACGGUGAUCUUGAAAGAAAAUAUUGGAAAAACAUCAUUUACAAAUCCCCAUUAUAUGGUGCAGAUGUAUCUGGAUCUAUCACCGAUAAAGAUGUUAAUGUUUGGAAUAUUAACAAACUGGGUACAAUAUUGGAUUAUGUAAAUGAAGAUUAUGGUAUUAGUAUUGAAGGUGUCAAUACAGCUUAUCUUUAUUUUGGUAUGUGGAAAACUUCAUUUGCAUGGCAUACUGAAGACAUGGAUUUAUACAGUAUAAACUAUAUACACGAAGGAUAUCCAAAGACAUGGUAUGCAAUACCCCCAGAACAUGGUCGCCGCCUAGAAAGAUUGGCUUCUGGAUUUUUUCAAUCUGAUGCUUCAGCAUGCCCUGCAUUUCUUAGACAUAAAAUGACUGUUAUAUCCCCUCAUAUGUUAAAACAAUAUUCCAUACCAUUUAAUAAAAUAACACAAGAGCGAGGUGAAUUUAUGAUAACUUUCCCUUUUGGAUAUCAUGCCGGUUUUAAUCACGGCUUUAAUAUGGCAGAAUCAACAAAUUUUGCAUCACCUCGUUGGGUGGAGUAUGGGAAAAGAGCUUCACAGUGUCAUUGCCGACCAGAUUCAGUUAAGAUCAGUAUGGAUACAUUUGUUAAACGUUUACAACCUGAAAAAUAUGAGAUAUGGCUUCAAGGUAAUGAUAUUGGUACUCAUCCGGAAGAUCCUUCUCGUACUCUAGCAGCACCCUUGCCUAGAGCAUGUGACUUAUUAUGUAAUAAGAACAAUACUGGUAUUCCAAAACUUUAUAUUGAAGCUGGUAGAAAACGUCAUCCUGUCACACAUAAACUUUCAGAUUCUGAAUUGUCUAAUGAUACAACACAUGGAAAUAAAGCUAUGGAUCUUUCUAUGUCAACAAGUGUACAAGAGUUUGGUGUAAAGGAAUAUGUUGAUGAACUCAAUGAUGAACAGAGAGAAGUAAUGGAAGAUAUAUGGCUAAAAGCUGAUGAAAUGGAUGUCACUGAAGUAUCGUAUAAUAAAGGAAGAUCUAGACUUUUGAAUAAAAAGCAUUCAGUCUUGGAAGAUGUAGAAUUUACAAGUGACAGUGAUUAUUGUGAUAGUUCAGAAAAAAAAAGGGCCAAGAAAAGAAAGUCUAAAAAACGAGAAACCAAAAAGAAUCCAAAAUCAAAAAAAAAUAAAACUUCUAAAUCGACCAAGAAUAAAAGUGUUGUUUCUAAUGAAACAAUUAACCAUACAGAUUCAACAAACAUUAGCUUCAAAGGAAAUGAUAAUAGUAUUACAGAAUUAUUAGAUGUAACGCCUAUAAAUACUGAAAGUCUGAAUUCUAUGAAUAUUAAUAGAAUUACUGAAGAGUCUCGGGUGAAUAAAUAUCUCAAAAAAAGUAUUAAAGAUCCAACAGUUUUCAACAAUACCUUGAAUGAUUGUUUAUCAUCUAAAAAAGGUGACAGUGUUAAUAACAACGGGCAUUCAAAUGUAGUUAUAAUAAAACCGUUAUUACCAAUUAAAUCAGAAAUGCCACAAAAUUCAUCUCUUAUUAAUUUAACUACUCGCAUUAAAUCGAAAAAUCAACCUUAUAUGCCAGCAGUAUUUUUAUCUCCAACUAUAGAAAUAAUAGAUAUGAAAUCUACACGAAAAUUUUAUCAACCAACUCUUGAACCUAUACAGAUUAAGGAUGAAGAAGAAUAUAUAAUUGAUGGUAUACCAAAUAACAUAGGUGAUAUGGUAAACAAUUGUUGCUCAUUUGAAGUUGAGCAACUGUAUAAUGUAUUUAGAAGUAUGAAUGAACCUCAUUGUUCAUUAUGUAUGAUGUUUAAUCGUAAAAAGUUAACUUUCAACUUGGAUUGGCGAACCAAAGCGAAAUCUUUUAUGCAACCAAAAUUACCCAACUUACAAAGCCCUAGCAAAGUAUUAUUUAAACAUGCACUAUGUGGCAGUGAAAAAGUUUUUAAGGCAGAUCUCAUAAGAUGUGAAAAAUGUUAUUUGACUGUUCACAAAGUGUGUUAUGGCAUUAAUGUAGACACAAGUAAACAUUGGUUGUGUGAUCGAUGUAUGAAAAAUGCUAUGCUUGCUGGUUGUGUAUACUGUCCAUUAAAAGGUGGAGCUCUGAAAGAAUUUAAAACCAAAGUAUGGUCACAUGCGGAAUGUCAUCUUUUUGUGCAUGGCAGUAGUCCAUUAACUAUCAAUACUUUUUCAACAGACUUUUCAACUAAUCAAAAAUGUGUAAUAUGCAAUUUAACAUCUGGCAAUUGCUUUCGUUGUUCUGAAGGCAGUUGCGAUGCUUGGUUUCAUAUUUCUUGCGGAAUAUUUGCUGGAUUUGAUUUUCGAACUGAAAGAAACAGCGAGCAUAUUUUGAUUCAUUGCAAUAAUCAUUUAAAUGUUCCAAAUACACAAAAGAUAAUUCAAAUAAACCAAAAAAUAUGGGCAAGACACUGGCAACAUAAUAGGAUCUCUGAAUGUAAAAUUGUUAAAAUUGACAAAAUUCCUUUAUGCGUAGUAAAAUUCAGUGAUGGCACAAUAUCAGACAGUAUUACAUUAAAAGAAAUAAAGAACAAUGCAAAUGAUCUUCCAGCCAUUAACAAAGAAAUACAUUUAGAAUCUGGUGACAAAGGUUUAUUUCUGGGGUUGAAUUAUAAACCCACUUAUUCGGUUAUAUAUAAUGAUGGCACAUCGGGUUGUAUACAUCCUAAUGACAUAUACAGUAACGAUGAACAUCUUAUGAGCCGCUUAAAACUGCAAGCCAAACGUGGGUUAGCUAAAUAUCAAAAAGAAAUGAAAAUAAUUGAUGUUUUAUAAAUAUGUUUUAUAUUAUAGUUGAUCAACUAUUUGAUUUUAAGAAUUUUGUCAUUUUAUAUAAAAAAAUUAUAAAUUAUUUUCAUUGAUGAAAUCA